CAAGUUUCUUUUGAAGAAGGAUAUUUUAUAAAAUGUGGGUCGUGCUCGUGCUGGCUGCGCUCGCGGUGGGAGCUUCAGCGACAAACUGCUCAUGUGCGACCAUGGAUUGGGCCACCUGUAACGAAAACCCAUGUUCUUGUUUCCUCUUGGUGGGUGAUAACGAUAAUCAAAUGCUUAACUGCACAACCUUAAUCCCAAAGUGCAUUAUGAGGAAGGCUGAGAUAUACCGAGCCAGAACAAGUGUAGACUUUCACGCCUUGGACAAUGCUGGCCUCUUCAACCCUGAAUGUGAGAACGAUGGAAAGUUUAAGGCCAAGCAGUGCAAAAACACAGAGGAGUGCUGGUGUGUCAACAGCGCUGGCAGUCGCCAAACUGUGGUGGAAGACGAGAAUCUGAAGUGUGAGGAGCUGGUGGAGACCCUGUGA